AUGCACGAGGCUAUAGCCUGUCCAAAAAUUUCAACGCGGAAAGCAGCACCGCGUACAGGCAAGCUCGUUGACAACAAUAUGCUCAUGGGAGUGAUCGCGCGGCAAUCGACGCGUGAUAUGAUGAAGUUCGCCAACCCAGAGGCAGAAAUCGCACUGCGACGAAGCCCUCGCAGUGUCGCAAUGUACGUGAUAAGGCUAUUUGCUGCAACCGCGCGCGACUACGGUGGCUUUAAUUCUGCGCACCAGCGCUUCCGCUGCGGUCUUUAUGCGAUCAAUCCUGUUGGCCAAGCACUCCUCUUUGGAGACGACAAGAACUCGUACGAUAACGUUGCAGCUGAGUUUGAAAGAGAAGAUUUAUAUAUAAGAGAAUGGCGGCAGCAUAGGUAA